AUGGCAACGCCACCAUCUCCGGCUCCGGCCUCGGCUUCGGACUUGGCCCGAACCACUUCAGCCCUUCGUCCUGCAACACCAAAGCCAGCACAAAAGAAGGUUGAUGCUAUCAAGUAUCCCUUCUGGUUUGGUGGCAGUGCUUCAAGUUUGGCAGCAUGUGUUCGCCUACAGACGCGAACAGGUGAUAUGCCAAAGAGCAUGAGCGGCACUUUUGUUCAUGUCGCCCGCCACAAUGGAGUGACGGGUCUUUAUGCAGGCCUGUCUGCGUCUCUUCUUCGCCAGCUGACCUAUUCGACAACGCGGUUUGGCGUCUACGAAGAGGUGAAAACCCGGCUGACGGAACGUAACGGUGGCCGACAGCCUUCUUUCCCGACCCUGGUUGCCAUCUCUGCCGCGUCGGGGUUCCUCGGCGGAAUUUCUGGAAAUGCAGCCGACGUCCUGAACGUGAGGAUGCAGCACGACGCUGCCCUGCCGGUGGAACAACGAAGGAAUUACAACCACGCCAUCGACGGCAUGAUCAGGAUGCUGAGAGAAGAAGGCGGUAUCACAAGCUGGUUUCGGGGCGUACUGCCAAACAGUCUUCGGGCUGCAGCAAUGACGGCGUCCCAGCUAGCAUCGUAUGACACAUUCAAAAAGCUACUGAUCAGCCACACGCCGUUAACAGAUAACCUGUCUACUCACUUUACCGCCAGCUUCCUGGCUGGUGUGACUGCAGCCACUGUCACAAGCCCCGUUGAUGUUAUCAAGACACGUGUCAUGUCGUCCACCAGCGCUACGUCCAGCAUACCAAAGCUGGUGAUGGAAAUCUAUGCCGCAGAGGGAAUGGGCUGGAUGUUCAAGGGCUGGGUACCCAGCUUUCUACGUCUUGGACCGCAGACAAUCUGCACCUUUCUCUUCUUGGAGGCCCACCGGAAGAUGUACCGCAGGGCAAAAUCAAUUGAGGAGCCAUUAUGA